AUUAUUUCAAAUCGUCCUUCCUUUGCAAUGGAAUCCAAAUCUUCCUUCUUGAUAAUUUCCUCAUUCAUCUUCUUUCUGCUUUUCCUAGCAAAAAUCUACAAGCAGAAAAUCAAAAUGAGGAGCCAUAAACUUCCACCAGGACCAUGGAAGCUUCCUCUAAUAGGAAACUUGCAUCAACUAGCAUUAGCAGGAAAACUUCCACACCAUACACUUGGAGAUCUAUCCCACAAAUAUGGACCUCUUAUGCAUCUUCAGCUUGGUGAAAUUUCUACAGUGGUUGUUUCAUCCCCUAAUUUGACUAAAGAGAUAAUGAAGACACAUGAUCUUUCUUUUGUUCAGAGGCCACAAUUCCUAGCUCCAAAUAUAUUAACAUAUGAAUCAAAAGAUAUUAUCUUUGCUUCAUAUGGUGAUUAUUGGAGACAGAUGAGAAAAAUAUGUACAUCAGAACUUCUUAGUGCUAAAAGGGUCCAAUCUUUUUCUUCCAUUAGAGAAGAUGGGGUGGAAAAGAUGAUACAAUUCAUUCAUUCCUCUUCUUGUCAAGAUCCACUUGAUCUUACUAAAAUGGUUAGUUCUUUGGUAAGUUCCUUUGUUUCAAGGGCAACUUUUGGUAAAAAAUCUAAGUAUGAAGAUGAUCUGUUGUGUUUGCUCAAGCAAGCAAUGGAAAUGGCAAGUGGUUUUGAUGUUGCUGAUUUGUUUCCUUCAUUUAAACCUAUUCAUUUAAUUACUGGGAUAAAACCAAAAUUGGAGAAUUUGCAAAAGAAGUUGGAUAUGAUUUUAGAAAGCAUUAUAAACGAGCAUCAAUCAAACCCUGCCCUGCAAGGUGAAAAUCUAGUAGAUGUUCUUUUGCGCAUCCAGCAACGUAGCAGUCUCGAGAUCCCAAUAACACAAGACAAUGUCAAAGCCGUAAUCUGGGACAUGUUUGGUGGUGGGAGUGAUACUUCAGCAAUAACAAUAGAGUGGGCUAUGUCAGAGUUAAUGAAAAACCCAAGAGUGAUGAAGAAGGCACAAGCUGAAAUAAGAGAAGCUGUUAAAGGUAAGAAGAGAAUAUAUGAGAGUGAUCUACAUAAACUUGGGUACUUGAAGUUAGUGAUCAAAGAAACCCUGAGGUUACACCCACCUGCUACAUUGCUCAUGAGAGAAUGCAGGGAAGCGUGCAACAUAGGUGGAUAUGAAAUACCUUUAAAAACUAACUUAAUAUUAAAUGCAUGGGCAAUUGGAAGAGAUCCCGAACAUUGGUCUGAUGCUGAGAAGUUUAUACCGGAGAGGUUUCAUGAUAGUACUGGUUUUGAUUUUAAUAAAGUGAAUGAUAAUAGCUUUCAGUAUUUCCCUUUUGGAGGAGGAAGAAGAAUGUGUCCAGGAAUUUUGUUUGGCUUGGCAAAUAUUGAGCUUCCUCUGGCUGCAUUACUUUACCACUUCGACUGGAAAAUUCCUAAUGAAAUGAAAGAAGAGGACUUAGAUAUGACUGAAGUCUUUGGAGCUACGGUGUCUAGGAAAAACAACCUGUUUUUGAUUCCAACUCAGUAUAUUUGAUUACAGAGGAAUGCUAACAACACACAUUUUAACCUACAUUUUCAACACAUUCUCUUGAUUGGUUAACAUUCACAUGGGUCCCAUCAUGAAUUUUAACCAAUAAAAAAAGUGUGUUGAAAAGUGUGUGUUAAAAUGUUUAUUGUAGACAAUUCUCUUGAUUAUUUCCAUAAAAAAUCCACUGUCAGCACGUGUAACCGAGAUUAAGUUUACUUUCGAAUUAUAUCAAAUAAAAGUUUACUUUUAAGUUUUAAGAAUU